GCUGCCGGGAGGCGCGUCCCAUGGUGCUCCGCGGCGGCGGCCGGGCCGGCGGGCGGCGCGAUGCGGCUGUCGGUGGCGGCAGCGAUCUCGCACGGGCGCGUGCACCGGCGGCUGGGGCUGGGCCCGCGCUCGCGCCUCGACCUGCUGCGCAACCUGGUGACGGCGCUGGUGCGACAUGAGCGCAUCGAGGCGCCCUGGGCCCGCGCCGACGAGAUGCGGGGCUACGCCGAGCGGCUCAUCGAGUACGCCAAGCUGGGGGACACCAAUGAGCGUGCAAUGCGCAUGGCGAAUUUCUGGCUGACGGAGAAGGACCUCAUCCACAAGCUGUUCAAGGUGCUGGCACCCCGGUUCCAGCCCCACCCGGGCAGCUACACCCGCCUGCUGCAGAUCCCCAACCGGGAUAGCUUUGACCGCGCCAAGAUGGCGGUCAUUGAGCUGAAGGGGAACCCUUUCCCGCCACUCAUCCGCCCGCAGCGUGACACUGAGAAGACGCUGCUCAACCAGCUCCUGAAGGGCUACCGGGAAGACAUGCAGCAAGCGGCAGCCCCGCGGGCCACAGACGGCACCCCUGUCUAGGCAGCCCCCUCUGCCCUGAGGGAGGCCCCGUGUGUGCACAGGGACAGGGCUUGGUCUGAGCUCCCCAUGAACACCCCAGCUUGUUUGUGUCCUGCAGCACAGAAAUGUAAGGUGUCCCAGGAGGUCUGAAGUUUAAUUACUAACCUUGAGUUGCCAUGACACAGGCACAAGCUCAAGGCUUACUUGCUUUUUCCUGUGGUUUGAAUAGAGACUCAGCAAGAGAAGGAAAUCAAGCUGGGAGCCCUAAUGGUUGAUAUUCUCUGUGUAAAUAAACUGUUCAGAAAGUGA